UAUAUUUUUUAAUAUUACUCUUCAAAACCAUUAUUCAACCAUGGAUCAAUAGAAGAAAACCCUCAUCGACCCUAAAGAUAAAACUUUCUAAUUAAGUGGUUCUACCAAACCAAGAACAGCUGUAUUCAUUUCUAAGAUCUUCUUGAAGAAAUUUGAUGAAGUUGAAAUACAUGCUCUUGGUGAUGCUAUAUCUGGAGCUGUUAGAUGUGCUGAAACACUUUCAAGAUAGGGUAAUAUAUAUAUAUUCAUUCAUUUUUUAUAGGUCUUGCUACUAUUCAAAAAGUUGAAACACUUACCCAAACUUUAGAAAAAGGAAAAAAGCCUAAAAUCAUUGUUUCUUUAAGAGUCACUCAAGAUGGCAAGAAGAGAAUUAAUGAAGAAAUCAAAUAAUGA